AUGGAAGGCAUCAAGGCCACUUUUGCGAAAUGCAAGGAGCAGCGCAGGUCCGCGCUUGUGGCAUACAUCACAGCUGGUUACCCUACUGUUGAAGAGGCCGUUGAUAUCAUGCUCGGUCUGGAGAACGGUGGUGCCGAUAUCAUUGAGCUCGGUAUCCCGUUCACCGACCCCAUCGCCGAUGGCCCCACCAUUCAGACCGCGAAUACUAAGGCUCUUGAGAAUGGUGUGACUGUUACAACCGUCCUUGGCUUUGUCCGAGAGGCCCGCAGCCGUGGCUUGAAGACCCCUGUUAUGCUGAUGGGCUACUACAACCCGGUCCUCCGCUACGGUGACGAGCGGAUGCUUCGUGACUGCAAAGAGGCCGGUGUGAACGGCUUCAUCAUGGUGGACCUGCCCCCAGAGGAGGCUGUCCGGUUCCGCGACUUGUGCGCUAGCACUGGUCUCUCCUACGUGCCUCUGAUCGCUCCCUCUACCUCCGACGAGCGUAUGAAGUUGCUCUGCAAGAUUGCCGACUCAUUCAUCUAUGUUGUGUCCCGUAUGGGAGUCACCGGCGCAACUGGCAAGCUUAGCGCCAACAUCCCCGAGCUUCUCCGCCGCGUUCACGAAUACUCUGGAAACGUGCCUGCUGCCCUCGGAUUCGGACUCAGCACUCGCCAGCACUUCCUCGACGUCCAGGAGGUUGCUGAAGGUGCCGUCAUUGGCAGCCAAAUCAUCACCACCGUGCGCAAUGCUGCUCCUGGUCAGGCUGCUAAGGCUGCUGAAGAGUACAUUUCCAGCAUUACUGGCCGCAAGCUGGAGCGUGAUGCCCAGGGCAAUAUCGUCAGGGAGAUCAACCUCGUCGACCCCGUCCACAAGGUCCUCGCCAAUGCUGAGACACAGCCUUCCAAGGUCAUCACCGAGGCUGACACCCCCGCUGGCCCUGGUCUGGCUGACCAGCUCGUGGCAUUGAAUGUCACCAAGGAGAAAUCGGCGCUUCCUUCCCGUUUUGGUGAGUUCGGUGGUCAGUAUGUCCCCGAGUCCCUCAUGGACUGCCUUGCCGAACUCGAGCACGGUUUCAACGAGGCUUUGAACGACCCCAAGUUCUGGGAGGAGUUCCGCUCAUACUACCCAUACAUGAGCCGUCCCAGCAGUCUGCACCUUGCUGAACGCUUGACCGAGCACGUUGGCGGAGCCAACAUCUGGCUAAAGCGGGAGGAUCUGAACCACACUGGUAGCCACAAGAUUAACAACGCAAUUGGUCAAGUCCUGAUCGCGAAGCGUCUUGGAAAAACUCGCAUUAUUGCCGAGACCGGUGCUGGUCAGCACGGUGUGGCCACUGCUACUGUUUGUGCCAAGUUCAACAUGAAGUGCACUGUCUACAUGGGUGCCGAAGAUGUCCGUCGCCAGGCUCUUAACGUAUUCCGCAUGAAGCUUCUCGGAGCUGAGGUUGUUGCAGUUGACGCUGGUAGCCGCACCCUGCGUGAUGCCGUGAACGAGGCUCUCCGUGCCUGGGUUGUCGAAUUAGACACCACCCACUACAUUAUCGGUUCCGCCAUCGGUCCCCACCCCUUCCCUCUCAUUGUCCGCACUUUCCAGUCCGUCAUUGGUGACGAGACCAAGCAGCAAUUGCAGGAGGCUAUUGGAAAGCUCCCUGAUGCCGUGGUCGCCUGUGUUGGCGGCGGUUCUAACGCCGUCGGAAUGUUCUACCCAUUCUCCAAAGACCUUAGCGUCAAGCUGGUCGGUGUUGAAGCUGGUGGUGACGGUGUCGACACUCUUCGCCACUCCGCUACCCUUUCCGGUGGCUCUAAGGGUGUUCUCCACGGUGUCCGCACUUACGUUCUCCAGAACGAACACGGCCAGAUCGCUGAGACCCACUCCAUCUCCGCCGGUCUAGACUACCCCGGUGUCGGUCCCGAGCUGAGCUCCUGGAAGGACUCUGACCGUGCUACUUUCAUCGCCGCCGACGAUGCCCAGGCCCUGAUCGGUUUCCGCACUCUCUCUCAGACCGAAGGUAUCAUCCCCGCCCUUGAAACCUCUCACGCCGUCUACGGUGCUAUGGAGCUGGCGAAGACCAUGGAAAAGGGCCAGAACAUUGUUCUGAACCUGAGUGGUCGCGGUGACAAGGACGUGCAGAGUGUCGCCGAUGAGCUUCCUCGACUGGGUCCCAAGAUUGGCUGGGACCUGCGUUUCUAA